AUGUCUCUUUCUAUUAAUACCACUAAAAUAGUAAAAGUCCCAUUCCCCCCAUCUGUUAGUGUAGAUGAAAUCAUACAAAUACAUUUAAAAAAUGGCAUUAAAACAAGUAAAUCUUGGAAAAGCGAGCCAGAAUAUGUCAAAAACUAUUAUAAACAGAUAUCUAAAGAGGUUAAGAAACUCUUUAAAAAAAUCGUCCCUUGUUUCAUUAACAAAUUUGGAACAAGCAAUCAAGUUGGUACAAAUGAUGUUUCUCUAGAAAUAUCCCCUCCUAUAGACCAAAACUCUCCAGAAACUAUUUAUUCUAGUCACCAAUUUGUUAAUAUACGCCCUAUUAACCAGAUCUCUCCAGACAAUGCCUGUUAUAAUUCUCUAUUUAUGAAUAUAGAGCAAAACUCUUUAGGUACUACCUGUUAUAAUCCUCCACUUUCUAACUCACCAGACGCCAUUUAUUCUAGUCACCGAUCUGUCAAUAUGAAUAAGGGUCAAAAUUCUCUAGAUGCUACCAAUUCUAAUCUUCCUGUGGACCAAUUCCCUCUAGGAAUUACUUUCCCUGAUCCGUCAAAUAUGGAACAAAUUACAACAGGAAUUACCAGUUAUAAUUCUCCAUUUACAACUGUUCUAGGAAUCACUCACGUUAACUCUCCACCUUCAAACUAUCUCAAAACUAUUUAUUCUAGUCAAAAUUCACCAGAUGCUACCAAUUCUAAUCUUCCUGUGGACCAAUUCCCUCUAGGAAUUACUUUCCCUGAUCCUUCGAAUAUGGAUCAAAUUUCAACAGGAAUUACCUGUUAUAAUUCUCCAUUUACAAAUGUUCUAGGAAUCACUCACGUUAACUCUCCACCUUCAAACUCUUUUAACACUAUUUAUUCCGACCAAAAUUCACCAGAUGCUGAUCCUCUCAUGGUCCAAAACCCUUUAAAAAUUACUUUUCUUGAUCCAAGUAUGAACCAAAUAUCUCCAGGCAAUGACUGUUAUAAUUCUCUACUUAUGAACUCGGACAAAAACACUACUUACUCUGAUUAUCCACUUCUAAAUAUAGAUCAAACUCUCAACCAAUUAUGA